UGAAAGGAACGAGAGAAUGGGAUGUCUUAUGUUUACGAUCCUCUCUGCUACCCUACUCUGACAAACAAGCAAGUGUGCUGGAAGAAUUACUGUUUGUGUGAGCAAGUAAUAGGAAAGAAAGGCAAGAUCAGCAUAAAAGAAGUCCAGAAAUAAAAUUGCCAAAGGGGGAGCAGUGAUGUCAAAAGUGGUUUCGUGAUCAGCGUGCUUAGUCAGGGACCAGAGAUGGAAAAACAAGCACCUGGGACCCGUGGAUGCUUUAGCUGGGAUGCAUGGAGAAAUCUGCUGCUGCCCCAGUUAAACCGGCAGUCGCUGUAUGUGUAUGGCAGUGAAGUGGCUGUGGAGAAAGAACGUAUCAGGCAGAGAGAGAAAGGAGUCUUUGUCAUUCAUCCCUUCAGUCCUUUAAGGAGUUACUACAUAAUGUGCAUGGUGGCCAUAACGUUCCUGAACCUCAUUGGGAUCCCGAUAGAGAUCGCUUUUUUAGACGGCCAAGGUGGAGUGGGUUGGGAGGGAUUUAAUGUCUUCUCAGAUACUCUGUUCCUUGUUGACGUGGGACUCAACUUUCGUAUGGGGAUCGUUUCCGAGGACAACGAGGACACCAUUCUCGAUCUGAAAUCCAUUCGACAAAAUUAUUUAAAGAGCUGGUUUUUACCGGAUAUGAUUGCAGCAUUUCCAGUGGGUUACAUCCUCCUAAUUGCGGAUCUGCAAUAUCAUGGGGAUUCUCCAUCUUCUAAAGCCAAUAAAAUGGUGCGGAUUCUUAUGUUCGUGCGGAUUCUCAGUCUGGUGCGUCUUCUCCGGGUCUCUCGCUUGGUCCGAUUCUUUAAUGAAGUGGAGAAAGUGUCGAACGCCAACCUGGAGGUGGUUCGAGUGUUGUUCAGAAUCCUGUCUCUGUUCAUGAUGAUUUUUCUGCUGUGCCACUGGAAUGGUUGUGUGCAGUAUUUCGUUCCGAUGCUGGAAGAGUUUCCGUCAGACUGCUGGGUCCGUCGUGAAAAUCUAAUGAAUGCUUCAGUGGGGGAGAAAUACUCCUUUGGUGUCUUUCGUGCUCUCUCGCAUAUGACGGCAAUAUCAUACGGUUCUUCUGAUGCGCCAACAAAUGAGGUAGAGCUGUGGAUUGUCAUGACCAGCAUCAUGUCAGGAGCACUAAUGUACACGGUACUGGUUGCCAACACGGUCUCGCUGAUGACUGAUGCAGACCUCACAGCUAAAGCUUACAAUAAUAAGUUAAAUCAUCUGGAAGACUAUAUGACCUCCAUAAAGCUUCCCAAAGAGCUGCGUAUCCGCAUCUGCAAUUACUUCCUGGCUCGCUAUGGGGGAAAGUGGUAUGAUGAAAAGGAUAUACUAAACUGGGUGUCUUCAUCUAUUAAAGAGGAGAUUUUGAUGAUUAUGUGCUCAGGCCUUGUAAGAAGAGUCCCUAUCUUUUGCAACUGUGACACAAGCUUCAUCAAUGCGAUCCUUUUCCAUCUGCAGUAUGAGGUUUUUCAAGAGGGUGACGUCAUUGUGUAUCAGAACACCCCUGGCGAUCGCAUGUUCUUCAUUGAGCGGGGACAGGUCAUCGUGGAGACAGAGACUUCUGAGACAGAGCUAAGUGAUGGAGGAUACUUUUCUGAAACAUGUCUCUUGACCAGAGAAAAACAUCUGGCUACAGUUCGAGCCCAAACUAUAUGCCAGGUCUUUUCUCUGUCUGUGCAAAGUUUUUACAAAGUGCUCGAAGACUACCCAGAGGCUUUGAAGGAUGUGAAGAGAACAACUAAGAAGGCCAUAAAUGUUAUUUGAUCUCCUCAAAGAUGUAUAGACUAGAGGGUCCCAGCAUCACAUCAUGGACUGAUACAUGAGUCUGAUGACAUUUAGAUUACUCCUUAGGUCCUUUACAGUGAAGAUUAUUGGAUUGGGAUCUGAUGGAAAAUCAUAUUUAGCACACUGGAUAGUGCCUGUAAAAAAUACUCUGCUUUUUUCUGUAGGAAAGAAAAGUUCUUACUUUAUGAUAAUGAACAGCACUCUUUUAAUUCUGCUUAGCACAGUUUGCUUUUAUUAAAUUGAACAUGCAACAGUGUAACACGCACACAUAUAUAAGAAAUACAAUGCUUUGAUGCCUAAGAUUAGAUGCAUAGCUUUUCUUUGCCAAUUCUGAUCAAAAGUAAUCAUGCUCAGAUUCAGAGAACUGAUCGUUUUAUUUGUUGCACAUGUUAAUAAAUGCUUGUUCAAAUUUUACACAAAUCAAAUCUGGUGUGCUACCCAAAUACACAAACUGUUCCAGAUGCCAGCCUGUGUUUAUAUUCAUAUUGGUAAUAUGAAGCCUGAGGAAAGUUGCACUUCAUCUCCAUUUUAC